GGGUAGCCGUGCGCGUGUCUCCCGGUCUGCAGCUGGGACCGCUACGGGGCGCGAGGGGAAAGCCGGGGAUCCGGGCGGAAAAGCCUGGGCCCCUGGGAGUGAAGCGAUUGGAGAACACCAGUGAAAUGUUAGCUUGAGUGGGACGUUGAGACAUCUGCGAAGAGUAGAAUGCUUCGUUUGCGGUUGAGGGUCUUGAGAGACGGAGAGGAAUCCCGCCUGUACGAUCCUAGGGGUUCGACUUUGGAGGUAAAAGAGGACAGCGUGAACAUCUCACCUGAGGACUGACAAUAAGAACUGAUUAGCUUGAAAAUGGAAAACCAAGAACCAACAGAUUCUUCUCAGAAUGCCAAACAAUGUAUUAUUUCAGAGGAGUUAAUUUCAGAAGGAAAAUGGGUCAAGCUUGAAAAAACAACUUACAUGGAUCCUACUGGUAAAACUAGAACCUGGGAAACAGUGAAGCGUACCACCAGGAAGGGACAAUCUGCUGAUGGUGUAGCAGUCAUCCCUGUGUUGCAGAGAACUCUUCACUAUGAGUGUAUCAUUCUAGUGAAACAGUUCCGACCACCGAUGGGCGGCUACUGCCUAGAGUUCCCUGCAGGUCUCAUAGAUGAUGACGAAAGCCCAGAAGCAGCUGCUCUCCGCGAGCUGGAGGAGGAAACUGGCUACAAAGGCGACAUUGCGGAAUGUUCUCCAGCUGUCUGUAUGGACCCCGGUUUGUCAAACUGUACCACCCACAUCGUGACAGUAACCAUUAAUGGAGAUGACGCAGAAAAUGUGCGACCCAAGCCAAAGCCAGGGGAUGGAGGUAUGUUAUUCAGCUCCCUGUGGUGACCAGCUGUGUGGCUUGGGAUGGUGGUAAAGGCUACAGACAAUUUCGGGUCUUUUGACAGGUCUUUGACAGGUUCUUUGGCUUUGUUUUCAUAUGUACUUUUUUGUUUAGAAUUUGUGGAAGUAAUUUCUUUACCAAAGAAUGACCUGCUGAAGAGAAUUGAUGCUCUGGUAGCUGAAGAGCAUCUCACAGUGGAUGCCAGAGUCUAUUCCUACGCUCUGGCAUUGAAACACGCAAACACGAAGCCUUUCGAAGUGCCCUUCCUGAAAUUUUGAGGCCACAGACAACGCUGGCCAUGUUUUUAUAAACAAGACCACCAGGCCUUCUCCACCAAGACUUUGUAUUCAACUUAGUUUAAUGUAAAUUUGAAAUUAGCUUUUUCAUAAAAUAAAAGCAGCACAGAA